AUGGCCGUGCCACAACUUUACUACUUCAAUCUUCGAGGAUUCGGAGAAUACAUCCGUCUUCUUUUCCUCGACAAUGGCAUCCAAUUCGAAGACAUUCGAUUUGAUUACGAGGGGAAGGAAUGGCAAGAGUUCAAAAAAGGAAUGCUUCUCGGGCAGUUGCCAUGUUUGAAGGUGGACAGGCAGGAAAUUGUGCAGACCGGAGCAAUUAUGCGUCAUUUGGGAAGAGUUCAUGGCCUGAACGGAUCCAACGAGCAAGAGGCGACCUUCCUCGACAUGUUUUUCGAAGGAGUCCGCGAUGUUCGUUGGAAAUACGUCCGCUCUUCGAGGAGUUGGAUGUCUAUCACGUUCUGGAUGCAAAAAUCCUGGACAGAUUUCCAGCUCUGA